GUCGAGCCGAACUGGCAGCUGAGCCCCAGCGGAGCGCCCGCCCCGCCAAGCCCGUGUCGUGCUGCCGUGCUCCAGUCGCGACCGCGCAGUGAUCCAGUUUGUGCCCGCCCAGCGCACCGCCAUGGCCAGCAACAACGUCCCCGCCACAGGGCCGAGGCGCGGGUCGCCGGAAAGCGGCACCACCAUGCUGCUCAAGCUGUACUCCACGCUGGUGCUGCUCCUGGACAUCCUGCUGCUUAUGGUGCGCUGCACCCUCAGCAUCCUGCAGGCCACCUUCGAGAUCGUCGUGCCGCCCAAGGAGAAGUCCGUGGCCGGCGAGACCGUCCUGAUCACGGGCACGGGCCACGGCAUGGGCCGCGAGCUGGCCAUCAAGUUCGCCGCGCUGGGCGCCAACCCGGUGUGCAUCGACAUCAACGAGAAGGGCAACGCGGAGACGGCGCGCAUGGUGGCGGACCUCACGGGCAAGAAGGCGCCCACCUACAAGUGUGAUGUUUCCAACCGGGACGAGGUGCUGGCCUUGGCCGCCAAGGUGCGCGCGGAGGUCGGCGAGGUGACGGUGCUGGUCAACAACGCCGGCAUCAUGCCCACCCACCCCCUGCUCAAGCACAGCCCUCAGGAGAUCAAGAAGAUCUUCGACAUCAACGUGAUGGCCCACUUCUGGAUGCUGGAGGCCUUCCUUCCGAGCAUGAUCCAGAAAAACCAUGGCCAUGUGGUGGCUAUGUCGUCCAUGGCAGGCACAAUGGGUCUCUCCAAUCUGGUCCCAUAUUGUGCCUCCAAAUACGCUGUGCGAGGUUUGAUGGAAGCCAUUUCAGAAGAGCUGCGAGAAGAUGCUCGAAUCAACAAUGUUAAAUUCACAACAAUUUGUCCAUAUAUGGUGGAUACAGGGCUGUGCGAAAAGCCAAGAAUUAAGUUCCCAUCUAUAUUGAGCAUGCUGGGACCAAGUGAGGCUGCUGAUGAGAUCAUCACUGCAAUGAGGCGUAACUAUCACGAAGUUUCCAUUCCCAAGUCUCUACUAAACAUCAACAAUAUCUGCAGAGUAUUUCCUCCCAAGGUGUGUCUCUUGAUAAAGGACUUCCUUGACAGUGGAGUGGAGGCAGUUUAAACUCAUCAAGGUGUUCAUGACAUAAAGGCUGUGUUUUAUAUGGAUUUAAAUUAAGAAAAACUUUUUCACUUUCUUGUUAGCUCUUUAUGAUUCAAUACAAGUGUACAGUUUUAGGUAGGUUUUAAAAAUGAUACUUUAAUUAUUUGAAUGAUAGUUCAAGUGCUAAGUAAAAUAAUAUACCCAACUGUCAAAUACCUUGCCAUAUACAAUUCUUUAUAAUAAGGAAGAAAAUAAAAUUUUAAGUACUAGGAACAA